UUUAAUUCAGAAACAAGUAAUGUCUCGCGGAUGCCUCGCGAAAACACGCUUGUAACCCUCGGUUGUAGAGAAAGCACUAAAGCAAACGAACCAUGGAUAUAGGAGCUUUGCUCAUGGGAAGGCACUGAUUAGCAUCAUCUUAAGGUCGUAUAUACUACCGUCGUCGAAAGUGUCUCUUCGUCCCUUUGGUAUUCAUAUGCAAAAGCGACCAGAUAGUGACCACCGAUUUACAUAACGUUAGAUUGACCGUGAUUUCAUUUAGCCCGAAGGGAUUUCGCAGUGGUCACAGUAUAGCAAUGACUACGACGAAGACGAAGACGGGAGGAGAGUGCUAUGGUAAAGAAGAAAAUGUUGAGAUUGAGCUAAGAAAGGACACGUUUGCCUUUGGAAAUUCAUGCAAAGUGAUAUCUCGAGAGAGAAGACGAAUAGAUAACUUUACUUAACUUUUAAGAUACGCAUAGAUCUAUGGACAAUUACAUUUACGGAAGUUUACGAGUAGUUUUUUUUUCUUUUUUUAUAAAUUCAAUGAACACUAAAAACUUCACAGAUGUAUUGGCUUUGGAUGGCUUCGAGAAUAUAGUUAGUUUAAUACGCUUAUACAUUCUGUUGACGGAAUCAGAGAUCCGUGAAACAUGGUAUUAACGGAUACGCCGAUCCUUGAUGGUAACAAAUGAUGGUAGAACCUUAAUGGUUCGUGCCGAGGAGUAAAGGAUCAUAGGAAACGUUUAUGUAUCCUUCGUGUAUAUAUAUAUAUUAUACAUACACGUAUAUUGGCUGACUAUUCUUAUUCUUCUUAGUCCGACGCGUCCCUUUGAUCGAUUGCUUUUGUCACUUAGCCACCAUGAAGGCUUUAUCACGAUCUUAUACUGCCCUUCUAAUUACGGAGAGUUUAAUUAUUUUUCGCAGUUGGUAGCUUCUCUCUUUCUCUCUCUUCUUCUCCUACCAUUACGUUAGUCGUGCCGUGAUCCGAAAUGUGGGGUUCGAAUUUAAAGUCUUAUUCCCCUUGGACCUAUGCCACUGGAGUCUGUGCCACUCUAUCGCGUUAUAUUCGUGAACGAAUCUUCAUCUAUAGGGGUAUCAUUCCUGGCACGAAGUUAGUACGAAGAGACUACCUAACGUUAGUAGUAGAGACUUUCGUCGAAGUAAAUGAUAGUACUGGACUGCAUCGGGCUUCCACGUGUGCAUUGGAAGAAGUUGUAUCGUGGAUUCAUCGAAGAGGAAGAGAAAAGAAAAAGGACAUACAUGCGUCGGUCGACGAGGGAAAAACAUUAAGAAAGAAAGAAGGAGAAGAGAAAAAGAAAAUUUAUCAAAUACGAGAUUGGAGGAUGCGAUUUUCGAGUCACGUUUAGGAAGAAGACGGUCAGCGGCCUUUCUCGGUUCAGGACUUCUCAAGAGUAAAAUCUCGUAAUCUCAUCUUCGUGUUCUCACGCACACUAGCAUACUCCAGAUAAAUAAUCGCACAUCAUUAUGCAAACAACGAAGAUACGAAGUAUCGUCCGGCGAGAAUCAUCGACGCUUCUCUUGGAUGGAUAAGAAGGAAACUAAUGACACGACGACGCGCGGCUAAUGAUCGAAACGAUCCCUCGAUUCGAUCGUGCACCACGUUCCGUUGGGUAAGGUUACGGUGUCAUGGGCACGCUCGUGUUUGUCUUCUUCGUUGGAAAGAGAGAAAGAGAAAGAAUAAGUAGAUAGGUAGAUAGACAGUUAAACAGAGAGAAAGAGAAAGAAAGAAAAGGAAAGCUUGCUUACUUGCUUGCUUGCUUACUUGCUUCUGGAAAGGAUGCCGACUUAGGUCGAUCGUUGCAAAGCUGUAAUCUUAGAAUCAUCUCCUUUCUCUGUGUCUUCCUCUCGAGAAAGAAAGAAGGAAAAAGAGAGAGAGAGAGAGAGAG